UCAUGGCGCACAUGUAAAAUAUCAACAAACAAAAAAAAUUAAAAAGCAUAAAAGGAAAAAGAAAACGCAUCUUGAUUGUGCUGUUUGCGAAUUUACUGUUAAUAUUUUAAUCUUGCUGGAAUUUUAUCUGGAAAUUGGAACUUAUCGCUCAAGUAAUAAGAGCUGUUGGACAAAAUUACGGAAUUAUGGCCAGGUCUGUCUUUGGGUGGCUCAUCCUCACAAUUUUUCUCCCGAGUCUUAUUCUGGCAAAAAGAAAUUCCUGCCACAAAACAGCAACAAUUCACAGAUGGGUGUCUGAAAAUGGCUUUCACAGAUCUCUUCACACCAGUGUCCACAUUCCGUGGAAUUUGACGGGGUGUCUCAUCUUGCUGGAGGAAAAGUUUCCGUCGGGAGCUUUUGUAGAUCCAGACGCGGUUGCCAGGGACAAGCAGAACGGGAUCAACUGUUUAUUGGCGCCCAUUGACAUCGAAGCUUUUGAAGCUAAAAGCCAACCGUUUCGGGUCUAUAGUUACAGCUUACCUGUAAUUUCUGGUCAAACAGAGGUUCGAAUGAAUCUGCCCUUCCACUUGCGGUACCACGAAGCAGGCCCUAAGGACAAGGAAGUGGUGCUCGUUCAGCCAUCCCUUUUGGCCUCCUGUCCAUACCAGCCUGGAGAGGCUGUGCAAAACUGCCCUGGAUGGUCAGAGGGUCCUGCACCCUGCGUGUACUGUAGUCGGGAGCUUUGCGACUGGACUCACCUUCCUUACUCUUCGAAUGAGCUGGAAGUGAGUCUGAACGUUCCAGUGGGAAAUUCCGACCAUGGUGGUAUUGUAAUGGUAGUCACUGCUUUCACAAUGAUCCUCGCAACAAUUUAUCUUUUGUUCACCAUUCAAAAAAGUGCCAAAAAGAAUAGAUAAAGAAAAAAUCU